AUGGCUCGUGAGAGAUCUAUGGCAAGAUUCAACUUGGAGACAGGCAAGGGCCGCCCGGGACACAGACGCGAGAAGUAUACUCGUCAAGCCUGCGAGACGUGCAAAACGAGAAAAGUCAAAUGCAGCGGACUGGUACCGUGUAGCCGUUGCGUCGAACUCGACAUUGAUUGCUUGUAUCAAGAACCGUUGUCGUUGAAGUCGUCCGCAACCGACAACACGGCAGCCUCUGGCCGAGUAGCAAAGCGAAGACGAACGUCAAAUUCUAGCAGCUCUGACCUUGGGCAGUUGGUUCUCACCAUGAGGAAAGUGUGUGAUGAAAUUGAGAGCUCGGCUUCGAGUUACGAUCUGACAGCAAUCCCUAAUCGCUCUCUGAAGCGAUCACUUCGUCAUGUUGUUUCUCGCAAUCCCACAGUGGCCAGUCCUACUCCGGGCUAUGUUGCUCUCUUGAGUCGGGCACAGGAUUUUCUGCACCAAAAGGGCUUUGUCGAGACAUGUACAAGUCGGGAAAAUGCCGAAAAGCCCGCCACAGACGUUGUCGCCAAUGCCCCCGCGCCAGCUGAUGACAUACUCCGAGCUGCUAAGCCAAUCCUUCAUCUUGGUCAGGCCGAGGCUCUUCGGUAUCUUUCUCUUUUCAAAGACCAUGUCUACUCUGCAUAUCCAUGCAUAAACUUGAGCGUAGCCACGGAGCGACUCAUUGCGCUCUACAGCGCACGAACUCCACCAGGAGGUGGCAACAAGUUCCAGGACUUGGGUUUGGAUCUAAUCGAUGUUGAGCUCAUGAAAGCAACGUUUUCAAUAGCCAUGAUACUGGAUGGAGAGCACGAUAAUCCCUUGUGUCGUGAUCUGAAAGCACAUUUACUGUGGAAUACCGACUUUACCAUGAAUGAGGAACACGCACAAGUCGAGGACGUCAUCAUGGCAACUUUGCUGACUAUAUAUUUGAUUCUCAAAGACAAGCCUCUUCAAGCAUGGCGUAUGAUUGGUCUGGCAGCAAGAACAAGUCUGGAAUUGGGCUUGCAUACAGAAAAGCCAGUCGGAAACACUGACCAACCACCGCGUCUGCAAAAUCGCGAAAUCUUCUCUUGCGUCUAUGACCUCGAUAAAAGAUGCAGCUUCUUCGCCGACCUUCCUUGGGCUUUGCACUAUGAAAAUAUUGAUGCCAAGGUUUUGAAUUUGAAUGAUAGACACUCAUACAUGUCGGCAAUGCUCGGCCUCAACCGUAUUCAUACCGAAGUCAUCAACUUCAAUGCAGCGGCGCGACAAGGCAGCAACCAGGAGAUGGACGAACAAAUUGAAAUGUACGACUACCGCACCCAAAAGUUGAUGGACAAGAUAUGCGCCAAGGGACUGUUUCCUGCAAGCGUAUCAGAUACUCCUCCCGUUGAAGUCCAAAACACCAUGACAUCGAUGCUGCAGCUCCGCGCGAAUCAAAUCAGAAUGUCGGCGCACAUUCGCUAUCUGAGCAAUUCCUACGACGGUGAAUCCAACAAGGACCAAGCCAUCCACACGAUUGUCUCAUUGGCCAUGUCAUCUGUAGAUGUCUACCUAGGCAUGCUUGACACGAGCCUCUUGUGGCGGCCCUUGGCCGACCGACUGUUGAUGCACUCGACUUCGUGCAUGUUUCUGGCAGCGUCGCAAGAUUCCUCCAAGUACGGACCUCUUUGCCGCAAAUCGUUCCAUACCGCCAUUGACUGUCUGACCCGGUCCUCAUACAGACCGACUGAGUCGGCGUCGGGAUGUUCCCUGGAUGAUAUGCGUAGCGUUGCUGGAAAGAUACAAAUGCCCCCUUUUGACGAGUCACCGGCCCCUGAAGAACCCCCGUCUGGGUAUCUUCAAUCAGUUUCCGUUUUUGAUAAUAAUCUGAGCUUGUCGGCAGAAGAGCUCGCGCAGCUGUGUGGUGAUUCUGGCCAGAGUUCCAUGUCUGCCUUUCGAGAUGCAGCCUCAAUUUGGGAAAAUCAGUUUAAUGAGUUUGCAAUAGUUGAAUAA